AUGUCAACAGCAGAUGGUGACGAUGUGAAAAUGGAGUCUGGUGGUGUUGCUGCGGCAACACCAGAGAAAGCCAAGGACGUCAACACCCCAGGGAGCGCUGCGAGCCUUGGCAAGCACAGCGCGCCGUCAGACUCUCAGAAGAACGACUUUGCUUUCAGCGACGACGAUGCUGGCCCUGGCGAGACUAGGAAGGAUGCAGCUAAGCGCACAGUCUGGGCGGCCUUGACUGAAACAGCCGAUGCUUCUGAUGUCGAGCCUCCUAAGAAACAGACGAGGAAGACUGCAGCUCAGAAGACUUGCCCACUUCCGUCCUGUGAUGAGGGGAUUGAGGGAAACAAGAAGUUCUGCAAGAAGCACCACCGGAUCUACGAAUGCUUGGAGCGACGCGCGUUCAAGGCGGUCGACCAUAAGAAGCCCGAGACAGAGACCGAUGAAUCAAAGUCCUUCAAGCAGAUCUUCGGCUUCAAGCCAGGGAAGAAGGGUGGCGUGUCAAUAGAGCCCAACUGGGAAUUGGCUGAUACGGUGAUGACUGACAUCCUCUCCAAGAACCCAGACAUAAAUGAGCCCCUGGCCGCGAAGUCCACGAAGGCGCGUGGAUCUGACGCCAGGCUUUCCAGCUACAUCGAACGCAAGGGCACUGAGCGGAGCAACUCUGAUUUGUCGUCCAGGCCCAAGUGGGACAAGCAGAUCUUCGCCAAGAGAAUGAUGGCCCUUCGACCCUGGAACGAAGAAAGGUGCAACAGAGAGUGGGCAGCUAUCGAGCUGGAUACGCCAGAGGAGCACAAGGACAACCGAGGCCCUCCAGAAUGUCCGCUCCGCCUCCCGAUUCCAGCGUGGAUGGUGGGGGAAGACAAGCUCGAGCAGAAGACGACGAACUACCACACUCAGGAGAUUGCCACAACAGCGGUCAAGGGAAAAGCCAUGGCCACUUCAGACAUCGACAAGGCGGUGAAGGACUGCACGAAGGGCUUCGCUCCGCUGUCGCAGGCCAGUACCUCAGCUGCAAUGCAAAGCGCAUCGGCCAAUGCCAUCAAUGCUACAGGUGACGGCGGCCAGCAGGCGAUGGAGGUGAUGAUGAUGCACGGGGUCAGACCACAAGCAGCAACGGACAAGACCAGCACUGGUGAGGGAUCUCAACGAGGCGAUGGGUCGGCGCCAAAGGCGAAGCUCGCCGGGGGCCGCGGGCAGGUUGCAGUUGGCCAGGCCCGCUUCGACGUCGGCGUCACCAGGCUCACGGUCGCAGAGACGCAGAAGAAGGCUUUGGGUCAAGAGGAGACCAAGCUGUUCAAAGCUUUGGCAGCAGCCUGCAAGACAAGCGCCACUUGCCCCAGCGCAGACAAGGAGCAGAUGUCACUCUUGCGGGAACGGAUUUUGCUUGGCAGCCUCGUCCUCGACAAGAAGUUCGACUACGAUGAGAGCAGCAGCACCGUCACUGACUCCGACCUGGGGAUGGACGAGCUGUUCACCAAGGACAAGCAAGCGUUCAAGGAAGAAUGCAUCAAGGAGGGGAAGACAGAGGACAACGUCGAAUUCCCUGAGCACUUGUUGGACCUUGGCAAGUAUCGCGACCACUACCUCCACUUGAAACUUCAUGCAGCAGUCCUGUUGCCCGUUGACGACAGGGACCAGAUCGUUCGUAUGGCACGCGUGAUGGAGCUCUCACAGCAGAUCCGUAUUGCGACCACCGCUAAGGAGAUCGAGGGCACCGAAGCGAAGAUCGAGGACUUCAAGAUCAACCUUGAGCAGCUCCGCAAGGCCAUCGUCGACAUUGCCAAGGUUGCGAAGACAUCCCACAGCACGGUCUCGAGGAAGGCGGCGGCCAAGCAGAUGGAGCAGGAGAGCAAGGCCAGGGAGGAUCAGCUGGCCGCAGCUUCAGCGGCCUCGGCGAGCUUGAGAAAGCAGAUCACUUCGAGUCUUUCGUCUGGCGUCUUUGCGAUCGACUGGUCUAGCCUUGGUUGUGAGGCGGUCAAUACUUACCAGGAUGAGGCGGCUUUCGAGAAACAGCUUGAGGGCUCGGCGUCGAAGGAGAUGCUGGACAUCCCCUUCAAGCUGCUGGCGAGCUCCGCCGGUGCUGCAGCCUGCGCUGUGCCAGAGAUCAAAGCGGGCCUCGACAGGUACAAAGAGAAGUUCCCAGCUAAGGCGGGCGAGAGGGGGGACAAAGCUUCGGCGCCCGUGCAGGAGUCGCAUGGCCUCGCGCGAGUCGUGUCGAUCUUCGAGAAGCUGGCGCCGCUGGCGCAGCGUGCGGACAUCACGAAGCACCCCGUGGUGCAGGCGGCCACGGAGCGGGUCUGGUUCAUCGGCUACCUCCCGACCUACGUGGACAUGAGUUUCGAGGCGGAGCUCUUAGGCUCUGUGAAGUACAUCGUUGAGGGCAGCAUGAAGGUGGUCUACUUCCACGGCGGCCAGCUCAUGGAUCAAGUUCCACACGUCCAGGGUACGACAUUCCUCGAGCGGGCGACGACGCUCUUGAAAAGCAUCGAGGCUGACAAGGCCAAGGAGUUCAUUUCAGGGAAGGUGAGCUGCUUCGUCACGACGAUCAAGGCAGGCGAGAUGAUGUAUGUGCCGCCUGGGUGGUUCACGGCAGCUUCGUGCCUGCCGAGCGGACCAAAGACGGUGGGGUUCAAGAAGCUGGUCUUGUUGCAGCGCAGUCGAGCAAUGAACGACCUGGAGAAGCUGCUCACGGGUCAGUCGUUGAAAAACGACAGGGUGCAGGCGGCCUACGACAUUCUCUACGCGGGCGCCGCUG